UUAGCUUUUGUUAUUGAUCUGUCAAUAUGUCAGAGGAUGUUCUAAAUAUUUAUGAAAAUAUUUUUAUUAUAGUAUUAAUUUAGAACAAAAAAUACAAAAUGUUUAUCUGUAAAUUAUGUGCAGGAGAAAUACCCGCAGGAAAAGAAAUUGAGUUGGAUGAUCCUGAAGUAGUUUUAAUGAUGAAUUUUAUUAAACUAGAUUAUAAAAAAUUGGUCACAGGCGAGCAGAAUAGUUUUGCUUGUUCUGAAUGUAUGAAUACCAUGAAAAUAACUUACAACUUUAUAAUGCUUUGUAUGAAAACAGAAAUAAAGUUGAGAAAUUGUGUAGACCAAAAUAAAUAUCCACAAAAUAGAUUUGCCACUUUAGAAAAGUUGUUGGAAAUAAACACUGGAACAGUUUCGUCUCAAAAUAAUCAUAUUUGUAGAAUUUGUCUGAGAGUGACAACAGAAUUGUUUUUCAAUAUGAAUGAAAGGUAUAAAGGAAUGCAGGUUCCGAUUGAACAGAUGUUAAGUGGUUGUUCCUCUUCUCUUGAUCUUUCCAUAACAAAGGAAUCAAUAAUUUGUGAAAAUUGUGUUAACUUAUUAAUAACAUCAUUUACGUUUUAUGAGAAAAACAAACUUUUGAAAAGGUUAUCUGAGAGAAUGAUGAUAAAUCAAGAAGAUAAUUGUGAUGUAGAUUAUGUAAAAACGGAAUUUUCUGAAAAGGAUACAGAAGAUUCUCAAGUGUUAUUGCCCAAUGUAAUAUAUGUGAAAGAAGAACCAUCUUCUUUGGAUAUAAAUGAGGAAGUGAAAAUAGAAGAUAACUCGGAGCCAAUUUUGAGAAUCCAAGGUGAAAUUGGAGGUAAGCCAUACAAACCAGUUUCUAAGCGCUACUUUUGUCAAACUUGCUCCUAUACAACUAAACGAAAGGCAUGCUUGAUCAAACAUAAGAUUGUCCAUUUUCCUGAUUAUAAAAAACCAUUGUUCAAAUGUAAUCAAUGUGGUUACACAGUAAAAAGCCAAAAAUAUCUAGAUCGUCACAUGUCAUUACAUGCCAAUGGUAUGGACUUCAAAAAAUUCAAGUGUGAAUUGUGUUCAUUUAGUACUAAAAAAAGAAGUAAGCUAGAAAGACAUUUGACUGUUCACAAAGAUGAAAGAGAAACUAUGAUGUAUAAAUGUUCAAAGUGUAUGUUCAUAACUAAAUGGAAAGGAUAUUUAACACAACAUGAGCUAACUCACAAUGAAACUGAAGAAAAGAAAUUUAAAUGUAAAGAAUGUGAUUUCAGUACAAAUUGGAGGGGUAGUUUACUUCAACAUAAAGUGGUCCAUUUAUCAGGAGAUGAUGCUUUUAAAUUCAGUUGUGAUCAAUGUUCUUUUAAAACAAAGAGGAAAGAUAAUUUAUCAAAACAUAUGAUAAGGCAUAUGAAGGAUGAAGAUGUUAGGAUAUUUUACUGCUCGGAAUGUCCUUUCACCAGUAAAUUCAGCAGCAAACUUGCUAGACAUAUGCAUGUUCAUAAACAAGGAGAUGAUUUAACAACAUAUAGCUGUACAGAUUGUUCCUUUCAAACGAGAUGGAAAAACAACUUACAACAGCACAUGAGGGUCCAUCAAGAUGCUUCAGAAAUUCCCCUGUUUAAAUGUAAAGAUUGUUCGUUUACUACAAAAUGGAAAACAUGUUUAACUGAACAUGAAGUGAUGCAUAAAACUGGUGAUGAUUCCAAAGAAUAUAAAUGUACAGAAUGUAGCUUUACCACUAAAUGGAAAAAGAGUUUAAAUAUGCACAUAUUGACACAUACAACAGAUGAAAGUGUAAAGAAAUUCAAAUGUGCCAUGUGUGAAUACAAAACAUACAGAUCUCAUCACCUCAAAAGACAUAUGCAAGUGCAUUACAAAUAAUAGAUUGAAAUUUUAAUUGUAGUUCGAAAUUGAGUCAUCUUAAGAUACCUGAAAAUUUAGUUUAUAUUUUCCUUUAUACUUACACAAUAUUUGAUUGAGUCCUUUUUAAAGAAAAUUACAUUUAUGUUAUAACUACUCACCUUUUUUAGAGAAAUGAGCAAAGUUUCUCACAUGGAGGGAUGUAGAUUGAAUAAAGUUUAUUGAGAUUUUUAUCUAUAA